GCAGCCACCAUGAAGUUCGCUCAGGGACUUAUCGUGGGUUUGCUCUUCGGUUCAGCUGCUGUCUUCAUAAGCUAUGAGAAAUCUGCCUUCCUUGGUCUACCAGGUGUGAGCGUGACUUUGGCAGAGAGCACGCUGACGACUGCCGUGAAGGAUGCUCAAAGGCAAUGCGAAAGCAGGAUGGCAGCGGCCAUUGAGUCUGCAGAGAGGCAAUGUGAGACGAAGUUGAGCAGAGUGCAGCAAGACGAGCAUGAAGAAGAAUCUGCUGAGGAAGAACCCCAAGAAGAGCCUGCAGAAGAGCCUGCAGAGGAGUUAGCCGAGGCUGCUGUAUCAGCAGAGCUCAAAGACCCAGCCAGCAUGACACCCUACGGUUGCCCACCGGGACUGCCGAAGAUCCAGAGCAUUCUGCAAGACGAAGGAUCCGAGAAGUUCUCCAUGCACCACUAUGAGCGCUACUAUGCCAGCUGGUUCCGGGAGAUGCGCUGCAGGUCCACUCUGAGACUUGUGGAGAUUGGCGCGAGCCAAGCUUCGUUGAAAGCAUGGGAUCGGAUGUUUCAAUCGUCCAGCAAGACCAUCCUAGGUGUUGCGGACAGCGACAGAUCCUCCGAAAAUGCCAUGGAUGCCUUGAUUUCCAAGGGGCCCUGGGACAUCAUCAUCGACAACGGUUCCAGUGCAGCUGGCCAGAUGCUCUUCUGCUUGUUCUCCUUGUGGAACACCUUGGCACCGGGUGGUGUGUACAUCAUUCAGAACCUGCACGCCAACUUUGGGGUCAACGAGGUCGCUGCAGAGAGACCACUGGCGAAUCAAGCAUGGGCUGUAGUACAAAAAAUUGAGGAGAUCCAACAAGUUCUGAUGCGUCACCAGCUGGGCGCACGGGACUUGAGUGUGAUGCCGGGCGAUCACAGUCUGAUCUCCGUGGAAUGGGGGAUGAAUUUAGUGAAGUUGAGAAAAUGCACUGAACUGGAGUGUGCAAGUCCUCCAAAAUGGCGAGAGGUCCGGGUGGACAUGGAUCGUAUGGUUGCGUGGAACGAAAGGGCUACAGCAACCAAUCCCAAGAUCACCAAACGACCUGGCACUUUGCCGCAGCCAAUGUCGCAGCCGCGGUCCAUUGAACCGCCAGCUUUUGCAGAUGUCAGUGGCUCCCCAUACCCAUGCCCAAAGGGAUUGGAAUCGAUCGCAAGUUUGAUCAAACGGAGUGGCUCUGACAAGUACAAGAACCAUCGCUAUGACCACUACUACGAGAGGUGGUUCCGGGAGAUUCGCUGCAAGCCCAAGAUCAAGGUCAUCGAGAUCGGUGCCAACCAGGGUCACUCCUUGAACGCCUGGGACACGAUCUUCACCUCACCGGGGAAGACGGUGCUGGGCUUGGCCUAUGGCGGCCCUGCCAUGGGAGUGGAGAAGAAGGUGAGACGUGGCGUGGGAGUGCUCUUUGGAGAUCAGUCCAAGAAGAGGACCAUGGAAGAUUUAAUCGCAAGGGGGCCGUGGGAUAUCAUCAUCGACGAUGGUUCGCAUGUGCCCUACCACAUGGUUUUCUCAUUCUUCUCCCUGUGGAAAGCUGUGGUUCCUGGUGGUCUCUAUGUCAUUGAAGACCUGGAGACCAACUAUUGGCUGCCUGGCAGAAGGGUCUACGGGUACAAGCUGAGCCACACGGGAAUCGAUACGGACGCGGCCCAUUCUGCGGUGAAGAAAGUGGAGCAGUUGACCAAAGCUCUGAUGAGAUUCCAACUGGGUGCCCGGGGUCUCACAGUGAUGCCUGGUGAUGGUGACAUUUGCUCGGUGGAAUGGGGACACAAUCUGGUAAAGAUCCGAAAAUGCACAGAGGAGGAGGCGGCUGCGAAUCCAACAUGGAAAACACCUAUCUUCGAUCAACAGGAAAUGGAAGCGUGGAUCCAACAGGCACAAAGAACGAAUCCACGCGUCUGACGAAAAAUGUUCUAUGGCCAAAGUUUGCUGCAAAGGUUGGAUGGAUGCUGAUGCUUUUCAAUGAAGACUGGAGUUUGUGGAAAUGCUGAGGAUAGGAGCAUUGAAGGUCUUUGCAGUGAAAAAAGCAAGGAAUCUCAAGCCUCCCUUCAAAGUCUGAAAAUGUCUAAGGUGUGCAAGUUGAUGGCCAGAAAGGAAUCAUUGGUAAUACAUGGAUGGGGUUGGUUCGUGAUGAACAGCGUCCAUCCAGUCAGCACAGAAUUAUAGAGAAUGAGUUACAAAAACUCCAUCCGACUUCCUCCAGUGGAGGCUACCCCCUGCGGGACAGAGGAUCGUUUCACUUUCGGCGCCUAUAAGCGCCUGUGGGAUGCAAAGUCGUCCAUUGCUAUUGAUGAAAGAAAA